AAAUUGGCAAGGAGGGUGAAGGAACUACUCAAGGAAUCAGGUUUCAGCCGAGUUGAUGAAGAUACAAAGCGAGGACUUGAUCAUGGUGCUUGGGUUCCUCUCUUUUUGAUGUACCCAGAAGCUGAUAUCCCAGUUUGUCAAUUAUCUGUUCAAUCUCACCAAGAUGCAACUUAUCAUUAUAACAUGGGAAAGGCAUUGGCCCCUCUUAAAGAUGAAGGUGUUUUGAUUAUGGGUUCUGGAAGUGCUGUUCACAACUUGAGAGAAAUUGAUCGUCACUCUAGUACUGUUGCACCCUGGGCUUUAGAAUUUGACAAUUGGUUGAAAGAUUCUCUUCUUCAAGGAAGAUAUGAAGAUGUAAAUCAU